AUGGCCGCGCUGACCCCCUACACGUACAUACGGUGUCCGUGCUCCGACGUGUCGGCACCCGGGCGGCCGCUAGACGGCAGCUCGCCGAUGGCGGCGGCGGCCGACGACAACGGCGCCGGCGACGACGACGACCGCACCUUCGACCCGCGCGCCCCGCGGUCCAACUACAGCCUCUACCCGCUCGAGUACCUGCUGUACUGCGAGGACUGCCACCAGAUCCGCUGCCCGCGCUGCGUCGCCGAGGAGAUCGUCUCGUACUACUGUCCCAACUGCCUGUUCGAGGUGCCCAGCAGCAACCUCAAGAGCGAGGGCAACAGAUGCACCCGCAGCUGCUUUCAGUGCCCGGUCUGCCUCGGCCCGCUCGCCGUGACGAGCCUCGAGACGAAGCCCGACCCCAGCCUGCUGGCGGCCCCCGACAACGCGGCUGCGCCGCAUGCCGGCCCGUACGCGCUGACCUGCUCCUACUGCCACUGGACCUCGGCCGAGGUCGGCAUCCAGUUCGAGAAGCCGAACGGCAUCCACGCCCAGCUGGCGAAGCUGCGCAACGGCGGCGCCACGCGGCUGACGGCCAAGGAACGGAAGGAGCGGCGUAAGGACCCGGCCUACCGAACUCAGGCUGCCGCGGCACCGGCGCCGGCAACAGCAGGGGGCGAAGAAGGAGGACCGAGCAGCAGCGCCGAGGUCCUGGACCUGGAGACCCAGUUCGCAAACCUGAAGGCCUUCUACCAGGGCCAGCUCGCCGACCCGAACUCGGCCGACAGCGGGCUCGCCGCGCUGAGCGACCUCGGCUUCUCGUCGCCGACCUCGCUCUCGCGCAUCAUGAGCAUCUACACCGGCGGCGGCUGGCAGGAUAAGAAGGCCAAGUCGCGGGUGGGCGCCAUGCGCGAGGCGCUCGAGCCCGACGAGGGCCUGCAGCCGGCCCGCCUGGAUGAGUCGGCCGCCAUCGACAGGCUGCGGUCCGAAGGCCACGGCGCCACCGCGUCGGCCGCCCAACUGCGCGACCAGCCGCCGAACCUCGGCGAGGCGCACCUGCACGGCCGCGCCCGCUUCGCGUCGGAGCUGCGCCCGAUCCCCUACCUGCUGCGCACCAAGCGCUCCAAGCGCUGCCCGGUCUGCCGCCACAUCAUCAGCAAGCCCGAGGCCAAGGUGCAGACCACGCGCUUCCGCAUCCGCCUCGUGGCCGGCAGCUACAUCCCGAGCAUCGCCGUGCGCCCGCUGCCGCUUUCCUCCUCCUCCUCCUCCGGCAGCGGCGGCUCCGCCUCGGGGCCCGCCGUAGUGCCGGGCGCGCUGCUCGAGCCGCUGCGGCCGGCGCACUACCUGCUGACGUUCAAGAACCCCAUCUUCGAGCCGGUGCGCGUCACGCUGGGCGCGCCGGCCCGCACGCCGGGCCGCUUCGCCAGCAAGGUGACGGUGCUGUGCCCGGAGUUCGAGAUCGACGCCAACACAGACGUGUGGGACGAGGCGCUCAAGGAGAGCGGCGAGCGCGACCGCGACAAGGACAGGCGGCGGCGCCGCGGCGAGGAGGGCGGCGGCCAGAGCAGCAGCAACAACCCCCACCACAGCCAGCUGGAGGUCGGCAAGAUCUGGGAGCGCGGGCGCAACUGGGUCAGCAUCGUCGUCGAGGUCGUGCCGGCGUCGCUGCGGCUCGCGCCUGGCGACCCGCCCCUGCGCGAGGACGAGGAUGUGCUGGAGAUACCCAUGUUCGUGCGCGUCGAGUGGGAGGGCGAGGCCGGCGGCGACGACGUCGGCGCGGCGGCGGGCAGAGAUGCCGCCAAGGAGGCGAGGGAGAAGCGCGAGCUGGCCUACUGGUGUGUUCUCGGGCUCGGCAGGAUCAAGCAGACGUGA